AUGUGCCUCCUCGUUCCUCCAAGUAAGGGCUCCAAGGGAGCUAAGAACGCGAAGUCAAAGGGCAGCCCACAGACCAAACCUGCCCAGGUCCCUACCGUACCAACAUACAGCCGGAUGCCUCAGCCCAAGCCCUGCGCCUUCACAUCGCCGUCCACUGUGUUGCAAGCUGAGUAUCUUGUCGAAUACCUCAAGGACAGAUACCCAGGCGAACUGAGCACCUGGGAACAGUAUAGCCACCAUCUUGAUUUGCGCCAAUUGGAUGAACACAUCCAUGCGCAAUUUGACCAGGCGAGAUCUGCAACCGAAGUUGUCAACAAGGAUGUCAAGGAAAUCCAGGAGCGCCUAGACAAGAUGGGAGAGACCUUGAAGGGAACAGAUGAGACUGCCAAAACUGCGAGAGAGUUGGGAGAAGAGGCGAAGAAGAGACGGGAUGCGAAGGUGGACGAACAGAGGCAGAUGAAAGAAGAGGCGGCACAGAGAGAGCUUGAGCGCUUGAAGGGGCUGGUAGCCAAGCAGGAAAAGGAGAACGAGGAACGGAAGCAGAAGCAGGCCCAAAAGAAGGGGCUCGACGAAGCAGAUCUUAUGAAGAUCCUCGAUGAGCGCGACAUGCGGCGAGAGUUGGAGAGACUGAAAACUCUCCAGGAAGGCGCAGUAUCCAAGCAUGGCAAAGACUGCCUCGGGGAGGUUGAUCUGGUCAAGAUUCUUGAUCAACGUGAUCACGACCGAGAGCAUGCCAGACUUCAGGCACUCGAGAGCAAGAGACCCAAGGACAUCAAGCAGGACGAUGGAAAGUUGCAGGAAGUCCGAUUCCGCGAGAUCCUGAACGAGAAUGAACAGCGAAAGGAAUUUGAGAGGCUCAAGGCCUUCGAGGCGGAAGCUCUUAAGCACAACACCUAUGGCCAUCCGAGGCCAAGCGACACUGGAACCGCGAGUCUUGCGGAUAUCGAGCGAGUGAUCGACAAGUUGUUGGAGAGUCACAACCUGAAGCAACGUCCUGAAGGGAGCCCUGAGACUCUGAGGACUGGACGGGAAAGGGACACAUCGCCAGCACCCAGACCUAAUCACGAGGCCGAGACCCAGCGCACCAUCGAUCAGAUCCUGGAGAUUCUCCUGCAACGCCAGCACAUCGACAAGGCGACCGAGCUGUUGGAGCGCCUGCUGUAUAAGACAGAGCACGACAGCCGCAGUGACAGCCACUGGAUACUGACCGAAGUCCUUGGCUACGUGGAUGAGUACCUCCUGCCUGAGCAUCGUCACAGCGAGCACGUCCGGCCGGGGUUUUACCACCAUCAUGGCCACAGCGACAUCAAUUGCAGCCUGGAUCUGGCCCGUCAGGCCGCUGGCAGACAGGCCGCCCCCGACCUCGACCUGUGA